UUCAGGGAUGAAGGAUGGUUUAUUCAGUGACUCGUUAGUUACAUGGAAAUGGAAGGCUCGUCAUCGUUCAUGGCAACGAGAAGCGCAAGCCUGGGCAUGUAGCAGGGCGGUAGUUCUUAUCGACCCGCUGGUAACAGUAAAGAAGAGAACUGAUAAAGAGAAAACACCAGAAGUUAAACAGUCGGAACUUCCCGAAUUUGCUGAUCCCUUAGGUGCUGUUAUGGAGGAUCGCAAAAACAACGCAGUUUUUACAUCAAAAGACUUACCAAUCAUCUCAAAACGGAAAGAAGAACCGAAAUUAGCUAAUACUUUGGUUAGCAAAGAAGAUGAAAUAAUUACUGAAAAGGAACUACCUGGUUUUAUACCUUGGUCAUCGAAAAAGCAGGAUAUAUUAAAAUCUUUUUCGGAUACGGAAGACUCAAAGAUUUCAUAUUUACACUGUGUUCCAGACUUGAAAAAAAGUGAUUUAUCAUUUGUUAAACGUGCGGCGCAAAGAUUGGAAGAACUGGAGGACGUGUCAGGACGGAAAAAAUUAGCUGAACAGUCACAGGAAGAAAAUCUGAUUAAGAUCAACGAAUUACGCAAAAAUUUGGAAAUAGCUUGGGCCAAAGAGAAGAAAAUUGAAUCUGUUAAUAUAGCAGUAGAAGUUGCAAAUAUUCUUGGAUUUGCUUCAGCAACUAAUAUCUAUCCACGUCAAUUCGUCCUCGUAACAGAUGUUUUGGACGAGUUUGGAUUUCUAGUUUAUGAUCGCUUAUAUACCAAAGCAAACAGUGAACGUGCCGAAGCGGGUUUAAAUCGAUUGCCAGACAAUUUUGCAGUAGAUGACGUACCGAAGCAAACACGUGAUGUUGCAAGAAACUGGUUUUGUAAAAUUGGUGAUAUUACUGAAUUCCUACCACGCUUUUACGUGGAAACUGCUCUUAUCGGUUGUAUCCGUUUUCUCGAUGCGGAAUCGCUGUCGGUAAAUUUGUUACGUCUCGCAAAAAUUCCGGUUUCGCUACCGAAUCCCCUGGUUUCAUGUUACGCUCGCGUUUAUCUGUGUCGUGUUGCCAUACGGCUUACUCCAAAUGAUCGUGCACCGCAUUGGAGAUGUUUCAACGACUGGAUCAAUACAGUUCCGAUUCAACCGAUGCCAGCACUAAUGCCAGCCCUAGAAUGGAUCAUUCAGUGCGUGGCGUAUAAUGCUGAAACAUACGACGAGUUAGGGAUCAUUUGGAGUCUAUGCGCAGAUAAGGAAAGACGAUCCACAUUUUUACUUCCCUUCUUGCUUGCAGUACCUUCUGGUUAUCUCUCGCAACACGCUUUAGAUGCUUGUAAACUGGUAGUUGCUGAUGAGAACGUAAAUUGCAUGGAACUUUGUGUUCUUGGUAGAAGACUGAUGGAAAAUAAUAUCAGAGACGAGCUAAGACGAGUCAUUUUGAAGAAUUGUUGGCAAAAAGUUAUCCACCUUAUAAGGAUGCGAGAUUUUAUUGAGUGCACAGUUGUGUGGAUUGAAUUUGCGACUCGGUAUUUUACUUUGAAUGAGAUUGAUGUUAUGCUGGAAAUAAUCAUAAAACGAAUUACACCUGAAAAGAAAUACGAAGCUUUCAUGGAUGAACUGUUGUGUAUUUUGGAAAAAAUUACGCACUGGAUUGAUGAGGUGAAAGAUUUAGUUGUAUUGCAUCACUUUCAAAAAUUAGUGAAUUUAUUCCGUGGUGCGCAACAGCGCGGUGAUUGCGCUGUCAUUGUGUUAUCUUCUUUCAUACGCUCCUGUGAGUUAGCAUCAAUCAAUGAUUUCCAGCUUGCAAAUCAAAUACUUGAUAUUUGCCAGAUGCUUCAUGAUUCUUUAAGUGCCCUUUCAACAGACGAAGAAAAACAGCGUGCUAGCUUUUACAUCAUCCGUGCUUUGGAUCGAUUCAAGCUAGAAGCAGAUCCAGAACGGGCACUUGAUUUUUUUGUCGAUGCACGUGCUGCUUUAUCGAAUCUGGAUAGCGUCAUUGCUUAUCUUGCCACAAAAGUAUGCUGUCUUGGUUUGCAUGUAGUUCGUCAGGAAAAGAUUUCUCAUGCGGGUGAAACAUUUCUACGAGGUUGUAUAGCAUAUGCCUUUAUUACAACAGCAUCAUUAUCUAGUUCAGCAACCAAAAUUGAAGUGUACAUCCAAGCUGGAAUGUUAAGCUUGACCAGCAAUUCACUUCCACAAGCAGAUGCGAUCUUGAAGUGUUCGAUCGAAGUGCUGGCAGUGGCUCAUGACCUUAAGGUAUCAGUUUACCGCUCCCUCUGUUCCUCGUUCCUUGCGUUUUUGGUAUUAGUUCCUGAUCCUCCGAACAAGAAUCCUUUGUACAUGUUUAACGCAUUUUUGAACGCUAUUGCCAGGUAUCCUUGGCGAAAGGAAUCGUUGGAGCACGGGCAUGUUUUAUUAGAAUGUAUUUGUUAUCUCUCAGUAAUGAAUCAAGCGGAAUUACCGUAUCAUGUAGCAUAUGGUGGCGUGCAAUCAAAUGACAGUUUGUAUAGUGGUACUAAAGAAUUCAUGGAAAUAAUUGAGGAAAAAAAUGAAGUGGUGAUGGGUCGACUGGAAGAUAUCUACAAGCAGGAUAGAGAUAAACUUUCAUUGUUAGCUGUUGAAAUCUUGGAAAUAAUCCUCAGUUUGGGCGAUGUUGAAGCGUUGGCUACUUUGGUUAUCGAGCUUUAUGGUGAUUGUGUUGCAAUAUCGAAAUUGCGGGAGCGGCGCGAAUUGAUUUUAAGGAAAAUUCAACAGUUUGCAAGAAAGAACGCAGAACUGGAAAGGGUGUAUGAACAGUUGUAUAAUUUGGAAUAUUCUGUCUAUAACAAAAAGAAAUGAAAGGAUUCACAAAGUUUGCAUCCCUGUUUGUUAUAUAUACAUUGUGUGUACAACCCGGCAGCACCUUAAACGCAACCAGACAUUUGAUAUAAGGUGGCGUUACAAGCUUUUGUUAAGCCCUUUUCUUUAUUGAAUCCUAAAUCUUAUUCUAAAGGACAUUUUAACAUUAAUGUUUAAAUUGGCUUCCUGCUGAUUGAGUUGUUAACUAUGCAGUUUUUCUCUGAG